UGUCAGUCAGCGGGCGAGUCUCAGCUGCUAGGUGCCUUCAGGAGCCCUUCGCUAGGUGCCUGCCCAGUUGCGGGGCUUCUCAGUUGUGUCGCAAGGCCCACUGAGGACUUCUGCUUUCCUUUGGAGGCUCAGCCUCUCUGAGAAGGUGCCCCCGACGCUCCCUGCAGACCCUGGCGCGUCUUGGGGAAUCGCAGUAAGGGGAAGUGGCACCACCGCCCGACAGCCUGGCGCGGCUGUGACGUCAGGCGGGUUCGAGCGGCGAUUGGCCAGAGCAUGUGGCGUGGGAGGGCGCUGGUGCAAGUGGUUGGGCGCGCAGCGCGGGGGUGGGAUCAGGGGGCGUUACGUGCUGCUCUCCGCGCUCAAAAGGGGAGCGCUCCCCGGUCUGUUCGCUUUUCAGGCCUGAGUGUUUUGGGACAGAUCAGACAUUUUGUAACAAUGCCUGAAAUAAAUACCAGUCAUCUAGAUGAGAAACAGGUCCAGCUCCUUGCGGAGAUGUGUAUUCUUAUUGAUGAAAAUGACAAUAAAAUUGGGGCCGACACCAAGAAGAACUGCCACUUGAAUGAAAACAUUGAGAAAGGAUUAUUACAUCGAGCUUUUAGUGUCUUCUUAUUUAACACUGAAAAUAAGCUUCUGAUACAGCAGAGAUCAGAUGCUAAAAUUACCUUUCCAGGUUGUUUUACCAACACUUGUUGCAGUCAUCCAUUAAGUAAUCCAGGCGAGCUUGAAGAAAACGAUGCCAUUGGUGUAAGGCGAGCAGCGCAGAGGCGUUUAAAAGCCGAAUUAGGAAUCCCUUUAGAAGAGGUUCCUCCAGAAGAAAUGAAUUAUCUAACACGAAUUCACUAUAAGGCACAAUCUGAUGGUAUCUGGGGUGAACAUGAAAUUGAUUAUAUUUUGUUUGUGCAGAAGAAUGUAACUUUGAAUCCAGAUCCCAAUGAAAUUAAAAGCUAUUUUUAUGCGUCCAAGGAAGAACUAAAAGAACUUAUGAAAAAAGCAGCCAGCGGUGAAAUUAAGGUUACUCCAUGGUUUCAAAUUAUUGUGGACACUUUUCUCUUUAAAUGGUGGGAUAACCUGAAUCAUUUGAAUCAGUUCGUUGACCAUGAGAAAAUACAUAGACUGUGAAUGUAAAUGAAUGAUGAUUGAAAAAUUUCCUUACCUAGUAAACUUAGGGUUACUUUCUUGUUGUUGUUUUAAAAUUGGAUUCCCUCUUAGAACUUCCAUGAUAUUUGGAUUCCUUACAACCAGAGUUCAUGUGAGAAAAAAACAAUUGACAUAUAAUUUUGUUACAUGCCCCAUCCACAUGCUGUUAUUUGUAAAAGAUGUUUAUGAGAGAGAAUUGUAAAUUGUAAAAUGAGAGCAAAUAAAACUUGAACUGUCCAAAUA